AUGCUAUUAAAUUUCAUAUUCGCGUUACUUUUCAUUAGUUUCACAUCGGCUUUGCCAUUACCAGCCUUGAUUACAAGGUACCACACUGCUGCCGCAGUUACACAAACAACAACAAGAACAACAGGAACCACAACUGCUUGGUUGCCUCCUGUUGGUAUCUACAUCUUGCCAGAUGGAAGCUCGUCCACAAGUACAAUCACUGAAGGUCAAUGGAACACUUAUCCUGAAACAUUCACUUCGGUGGUAAACAAGGCUGUUGCAGAGGCAACUCCAACUGAGGCUCAAACACCUGCUACUUCUGUUUCUCCAACUCCAACUCCUACUACCACUAGUACUACUACUGCUGCUGCUCCUACUCCAGAAUCAUCUUCUCCAACUACAACUUCCCUCGUUGCACCAACAACUUCAUCAAUUGAAACACAAGCACCACAGGCUGAAACCACUUCGUUGUCACCAGAACAGACUAAUGCUGCUACCACUACUACAGCUUCUUCUUCUUCUUCUUCUUUUUCUUCCGUUUCAGCCUCCACUAAUACUGAACAAGCUCCAACAACAUCCUCAACAUCAACUUGGACAUCAACUUACACAUCCACCUCCGCUUCCACCACCUCCUCUACUACGUCAUCCCAAUCUUCAAGUUCAUCCACCUCAAGUGGUGAUAUUUCACCACCAUCAGUGAUUGUAUACUCGCCAUACGCAGACAAUGGCGGUUGUAAAGCUGCAGAUGAUAUCAAUUCUGAUUUGGAGCUCAUCGCCAGUAAAGGAAUCAAGAAGAUUAGAUCAUAUGGUACUGACUGUGGAUCAUUGACCACAGUAUUGCUGAAAUGUAAAGAGUUGGGAAUAACUGUAAACCAAGGUGUUUGGAUGUCUCAGGACGGUGUUGACUCUGUUGACGAUCAAAUUCUGGAUGUUAUUAGCUAUGGUCAAGAAAAUGGCUGGGAUAUUUUCGAUUUGAUCACCAUUGGAAAUGAAGCUAUAAACUCAGGAUACGUCACCCUCGACGAGCUCAUCCCUAAAUUAAACUCUGUCAAGUCACAAUUACAAUCUGCUGGUUACAAUGGAUACGUCACCACUUCAGAACCACCAGCUACAUUUAUUAAAUACCCAACUUUAUGUACUGAAGCAAACAUUGAUAUUGUUGGUAUUAACCCACACUCCUACUUCAAUGCCAACAUUAGUCCGGCUAAAGCUGGCUCCUACAUUACAUCACAACAAUCACAAGUCGCCGCAUUGUGUGAUGGUAAAUCAGUAUGGAUCACAGAAACAGGAUACCCAUCCCAAGGUGACACAUUAGGAUUGAACACUCCUUCUGCUGAAAACCAAGAAAUUGCAAUUGCCUCAAUCAUCGAAGCUACCGGCGGUGAUGUAACAAUCCUCACAACUUACAAUGAUUUCUGGAAAGACCCUGGUCCAUACGGUAUUGAACAAUAUUUCGGAGCAAUCCAUUUAUUCUCCUAG